GAAUAACUAUUUGGUAUGGCAGGCGGUGCGCACUUUGACGUCGUGCCUGUCAAAACCUUUUCGAGACGCUUAUAAAGGUGUGCGCAAAGCUUUAAUGGGCUCAGAUGGAGGAGAAGAAAUAUGGCGCUACUGUGUAGCAGAUACAAAUAACGUUAUUGGUUUUGCAGUAGGUGCAAUUUUCGUACGCCAAGCUUUUCAUGGUGAAUCGAAACCAGAAGCUGAGCAUAUGAUCAAUGAAGUCCGCGAAGCAUUUAAAGAAAAUUUAAAUAAUCUAACGUGGAUGGACAAGCGAACACGUGAACGUGCAAUUGAUAAAGCUAAUGCAAUAACAGAUAUGAUUGGUUUUCCUGAUUACAUUCUAAAUCCGCGAGAGUUAGAUAAAAAGUAUGCGGACUUAGAAAUUGUGCCUAAUGAAUAUUUUGAAAAUAAUAUUCAAGUUGCUAUGUAUAAUUUGAAGACCAAUUUAGAGAAAUUAGAUCAACCUGUAAACAAGACUCAUUGGGGUAUGACUCCUCAAAUGGUAAACGCCUACUAUACGCCUACAAAAAAUCAAAUCGUUUUUCCUGCUGGUAUACUACAAUCACCUUUUUACGAUACUAACAAUCCAAAAAGUCUUAACUUCGGCGCAAUGGGCGUUGUUAUGGGGCAUGAACUAACGCAUGCAUUCGAUGACCAAGGACGAGAAUAUGACAAGUUUGGUAACAUACAUCGAUGGUGGGAUAAUAAGAGUAUUGAAAGGUUUAAUGAAAAAGCUGAAUGUAUUCAACGACAAUAUGGAAGUUAUAAAAUGAACGGGCGCACAUUAAAUGGGAAACAAACCUUAGGAGAAAAUAUUGCUGAUAACGGGGGUCUGAAAGCAGCUUAUUAUGCUUUCUUAAAAUCAAAAUCAACCAAAGAUGCCGACACUUUGAAGUUGCCUGGACUUAAUUUGACUCAUAAGCAGCUAUUUUUUAUAUCAUUUGCGCAACCAAUCUGUUAG